AUGGCCCCGUAGGGCAACAAGGAUGGUUAGUUUUGACCGUGCUUAUUUGUACCAUAAAACAUCGAUCCUAAUUGACAGUUAUCUGGGCUUUUAUAUCUGCCAACCUGCCAACCUUUUUUGAACUGUGGUCACUAAAUGAAGAGGUUCUGGCCUGGGAAGGCCCAUCCAUUCCUUCAAUUGGAUGGAGAGCGAGGACAGUGGCGAUCUGGAGAAUAGGAAGGAAUGUUGACUAGGGAGCACCGCUGCAACCGAUCAGAGGAGCAGGAACCGGAGCCUGGGCUGAGUCCGAAAAAAGCCGGAUCCGGAUGGUGGCCCCGGAACGGCUGGAAGUGGAAGAUGGAGGAGCCAGAGGAGCCUGCGGACAGUGGGCAUUCCCUGCCCCCGGUUUACAUAUACAGUCCCGAGUAUGUCAGCAUGUGCGACUCCCUGGCCAAAGUCCCCAAAAGGGCCAGUAUGGUACAUUCUUUGAUUGAAGCAUAUGCACUGCAUAAACAAAUGAGAAUAGUUAAGCCCAAAGUGGCUUCCAUGGAGGAGAUGGCCACCUUCCACACGGAUGCCUAUUUGCAGCAUCUCCAGAAGGUCAGCCAAGAAGGAGAUGACGAUCAUCCAGACUCCAUAGAAUAUGGCCUAGGUUAUGACUGUCCAGCUAUAGAAGGGAUAUUUGACUACGCAGCAUCUGUAGGAGGGGCUACAAUCACAGCUGCCCAAUGCCUGAUUGAUGGAAUGUGCAGAGUAGCAAUUAACUGGUCUGGAGGGUGGCAUCAUGCAAAGAAAGAUGAAGCAUCUGGUUUUUGUUAUCUCAAUGAUGUUGUCCUGGGAAUAUUACGAUUGCGACGAAAAUUUGACCGUAUUCUCUAUGUGGAUUUGGAUCUGCACCAUGGAGAUGGUGUGGAAGAUGCCUUCAGUUUCACCUCCAAAGUCAUGACGGUGUCCCUGCACAAAUUCUCCCCAGGAUUUUUCCCAGGAACAGGUGAUGUGACUGAUGUUGGCCUAGGGAAGGGACGGUACUACAGUGUGAAUGUGCCCAUUCAAGAUGGCAUACAGGAUGAAAAAUAUUACCACAUCUAUGAAAGUGUACUAAAGGAGGUAUAUAUGGCCUUUAAUCCCAAAGCGGUGGUCUUACAGCUGGGAGCUGAUACAAUAGCUGGGGAUCCCAUGUGCUCCUUUAACAUGACUCCAGUGGGAAUUGGCAGGUGUCUUAAGUACAUCCUUCAGUGGCAAUUGGCAACACUCAUUUUGGGAGGAGGAGGCUAUAACCUUGCCAACACGGCUCGAUGCUGGACAUACUUGACCGGGGUCAUCCUAGGGAAAACACUAUCCUCUGAGAUCCCAGAUCAUGAGUUUUUCACAGCAUAUGGUCCUGAUUAUGUGCUGGAAAUCACGCCAAGCUGCCGGCCAGACCGCAAUGAACCCCACCGCGUCCAGCAAAUCCUCAACUACAUCAAAGGGAAUCUGAAGCAUGUGGUCUAGUUGACAAAAAGAGAUCAGGUUUCCAGAGCCGAAGAGCAGCGCCUAUAAUGAAGACAGCAUGUUUAUGCAAGCAGUGUGUGGAAUUUGUGACUGCAGGGGAAAUUUGGAAGAAAUUACUUCCUGAAAAUUUCCAAGGGGCACCAAGUGGCAGCUGGCCUCCUGGGGUGAGGCAGGCAGACACCCCAGAGGCUCAACUAGGCCUAGAAGAAGAGUGAGAUUUCCAACAUUUAAAAUGUUUAUUUUUAAAAAAACACAAAUGCCAUUUUUAAUCUUUGAAAAUUAUUUUUAAGCAAGUUGGGAAGGGGGUAUUUUUAUUUUCUUAAAGGGGGCAGAUAAAAAGCUGGAAGAAAGCAUGGAGGUUUAGUCAGCAGUUCUUCAGUUAGGGGGUGCUGAGAGGUAGGGUUUGUGGGUCUCAGAACCAUCCAGGUAGCGCCUUGGUGAAGGGGAAUGAUAGUAGAUUGGGAGGUGGGAAGAAGUCUACCUCUGUUGUUUUUAGGAUUAUUGACCUAUUUUGUUUUUAAUAAAAUAUUUGAAAACCUA